AGGCGUCACAUGACCGCAUGUUUGAGGAAGUGCAAACAUGUCCUCUCUGGUGUGUUUGAAUGUGCAUUGAGCGGGUCAGUCUCCGGACAUGAAGCUGCUCUUCAGCUGCUCCCUCCUCCUCUUCAUCACCGCCGCGUGCCUCAGCGGCUCUGCAUCCUCCCGGAAACUCAGAGGCAUCUCCUCCUCCUAUAAGCGUUUCUACAGGGAGCGAAGGUCCUUCCUGUGCAUCGAUGGCUCCCGAGUGAUCCCGUUCGAGCAGGUCAACGACGACUACUGCGACUGUGAGGACGGCUCCGACGAGCCAGGAACUUCUGCCUGUCCGCGGGGACGCUUUUACUGCACCAACCUGGGUUUCCGCCCGCACUACAUCCCAUCAUCACGAGUCAACGAUGGCAUCUGUGACUGCUGUGAUGCUUCAGAUGAAUACAACAGCCACGCUCGCUGCCAGAACUCCUGCUGGAAUCUGGGUCAGAAGGAGCGGGCGUACGUGGAGGGCCAGAUGAGGACGCUGGACGAGGGACUGCAGCUGAAGCAGCAGCUCAUCGAGGAGGGGGUCCUGCUGUGGAGGGAGAAACAGGCGCAGCUGAGGGAGCUGCAGCAGGUGGCGGAAGACCUGCAGAUCAAACUGGAGGAGCACAGGAGGAGGAAGCAGGAGGCGGAGCAGAACCUGAAGGCUCUGGAGGCAGGACACACCAGGGUCCGACGUCAGAACAGCUCAGAAAGCACCUUCAGGUUGCUGGACAGCAACAACGAUGGCAGUCUGUCGGUGGAGGAGCUACAGGAGAAGCUGGUCCUCGUGCAGGAAGAGGAGCUGCUCCUCUCUGAGGAAGAGGCUGUGGCUCUGAUGGGAGGGGGCCGUCAGAUGGACCUGCCCAUGUUCCAGCAGUCUCUGUGGGAUGUCCUUAAUACAGAGGAAAGGGUGAAGAUCAGAGGCAGUGUGGAUGCUGAGGAUCCUCACCUGAAGGCUGCAGACACAGCUGCAGAGCGGGAGGCAUCCAGCCUGAAGAAGGUGGAGGAGGCAUAUGACACCAUCAGCAUGGAGAUCAGUGAUCUGCGGACGAAGCUGGCCAUAGACUACGGUCCGGACUGGGAGUUCCUGUUUCUGAACAGCCAGUGUUACAAGCUCAGUGUUUAUGAGUACACCUACACUCUGUGCCCGUUCAAUCAGGUCACUCAGGAGAGCGCUGCGGGGACCGAGGUCUCGUUAGGGAGGUGGGGGAUGUGGGCGGGGACUCCGAAGAACCCGUACAGUCAGAUGGUGUAUGAGAAUGGAGAACCCUGCUGGCAAGGAGGCUCCCGCAGUACUACAGUCACACUGACAUGCGGCACAGAGACAGCGCUACGCAGGGUGAAGGAGCCCAGCAAAUGCCAGUACAUCAUGGACUUCCAGACUCCUGUGGCCUGUCAGACGGUGCUGAAGCAGCGGGGCAUCCACAGUGAACUGUGACCCUCGACAUGCAUGGAGGUAGCCCCCCGGCUAGCCCAUGGUGACAGUCCGGGAUCCUGAGGGAACCAUCAGUGCUGUCAGACAUAGUAUUCUUCCAACAAGCUCUCUGUAGUUAGAAUAUGAUGAUCAGGUUUAAUUCAUUGAUACAGCUUUACAUUGUUUUGGAAUAGAGCAUUUGUUAAAUAAAAACAAUAAAAUCCUCCUGUGGGAUUUACACUGACAAGAUUACAAUGUAAACAUUUACAUAAAUGAUGUGAAGAAGAAGAAGAAGAACUUUGUUGACGUGUUCCUUUCAAGAACCAAACAGCUCCAAACAUUGCUGUAAAUUCUCAAAUAUACUUUUUUUGCAUAAAUUAUCACAUAUUGCUAAUAUACAGUUAGUUUCUUGCCUGAAAACUGUUAUAACUCAAGAACAGUUGACAAAUAGUUAAAUAUUAAGUUAAUUAAAAGCUUAAAAGCAAUAGCGAUAGCAAUUACGCUUUAACUGGAAGUGGCAAGACAUUAUACAGCAAUGUCUUGCCCUAAAGCCGGCAAAACACAAGGUGAAUAACUGCUGUAUCAUAUAACUGCUUUCACUUCUGUUAAGUUAAAAGGGCAAGUUAAAAGAAAACCAGCAAUAAUCUUAGGGACUUAUUCCGACCAUCGGGAAAAAAGCAAUAAAUAUGUUCACCUUCCCAUUAUGCAACUAAAAUGUUCUUGAUAAUGAUACAAAAACCAAAACCCCUGAAAUGGAGAAAGUGUGUGUGAUGUUACAUAUUUGUCCAAUUAUCCCAUGAAAAAUCAAACCCGUAAUGAUUAGAUGCUCUCUUUAGCUCUUUAGCUUAGCAUAGACCCAUGCUGUUGCACAUGGCCUUUUUCAUGAUUACCAGUUUGUUUUAGCAGCUGAAAAUAUUCACCAGAUAUGUUUUCAACAAAUGCACUACUAUUGCUGUUUGUGUUACUAAAAACUGCUGCUGUGACUUAAAAUGUAACUUCUUAUUUGUGACUUGUUUUUCACAGGUUAACAUCAUCACCAAUAAAAAAUAAUAACUCUUAGAGAAGUGAAAUAGUAUAGAGAGAACUGUAACACUUUGUAAGUGUACCAGGCCUGAUCCAUUCACAGCACCACUGUUACUCUGUAUUAAAUAACUGCUCAUCAUAAGCACAAAUAAAGUACUUCAUAUUUUGGUGUAA